AUUCGACAAUGCGCCGUCCCUGGUGGAGUUUGGGGAACUUUAGCUCGGAGAGGUGUUUUCAAAAGAAGCAACAAUGAACACAAAUAAACCAGCUGAAGGUUCAAAGCCAGGCUUGGCAGAGACAGACGCUGCUGUGAAGAUUGUUUCUUCUUCUGGUGCUGCUUCUGCCGUGGUCAAAGUGAUCCCUUCACCUGGCCCUGUCCUGAAGCCCCCCUCCUCUGUUUCUGUACAGCCCAGUCCCACCAUCUCUGCUCCUGUCGUGGUGGCAAAAAUGAAUGCCCCUGGAGCAGUGAGGAGCACUGUGACACAACAGCAGGUGACCAAGAACCUAAACCCAGGAGUCCAGAUUAGCCCCUCUUCCACUCCAAGCCGGACAUUGGUGAUCACUGUCCCCAGAGGUGCUGCUGCCACUCAGCAAGUGAAUGUGGCUCCUCGAGUGGCCCAAACAACCUCCGCACAGCUCCCGGCCAACUUCCAAAUCCCUCCAGGUAUGAUGCUGAUCCGCAGUGAUAGUGGGCAGUUGAUGUUGGUGUCGCAGCAGGCUCUGGCUCAGGCACAGCAGGCUACACGCCCCAGCACCGGACCCCCCACGCCCAGGCUCCUCAGUCCUCCGCCAACUCCUCCAGCAGGCAAAAUGAAUGACAAGGUGACUGUGAUCCGAAUGGCAGCUUCACCCAACUUCCAGACAUCUCCGAUACAGAAGCCUUCCCUGGUAAAGGUUGUCAGUGUACCCCCGAAACCUGCUACAGUCCAGUCCCUGAACCAGCCUCGAAUCCUGACUUCAGUCCGAGAGCCAAAGAAGGACGCAACAUCUACUUUUAGCCAGGAAACACUGGAAAGCGUAAAGAAGUGUAAGAACUUUCUGGUGACUCUCAUCAAACUGGCCUCGAGUGACUCAAGAUCAGCAAACAUGGCCAACAACGUCCGAGGACUGGUCAAAAGUUUACUGGAAGGGAAGGUGGAAGCAGAUGAGUUCACAGAGCAUCUGUAUCGUGAGCUGAAGUCCACUCCACAGCCCUGUCUUGUGCCUUUUCUGAAGAAAAGUCUCCCAGCUGUAAGAAUCCUGACUCCUGACCCACAGCUUUUUAUUUACGAAGCAGCAACUAAAACUUCCAUUUCCCCUAAACCUACCGCUGACACAGCAAAGCAGUUGAUGCCUCCUCCCAAGCCACUGGCGCCUGGAUGGCUUUCUCAAUCCAGAAACCAAAUUCUUCCCAAAUCAACAGGACUACAGUCUGCAAGGAACUUCACAGGUACCCUUUCAAUGAGACAAUCACAUGAGCAGCCUCGUCCAAUGUCCAAAGGCACCUCGGGAUCCUAUAAAGAAGAUGAUGACAUAAACGAUGUGGCUUCUAUGGCUGGAGUGAAUCUCAGGGAGGAAAAUGCUCAGAUCCUCACCACUCAUGUCGGUGCUGUGGUGCAGUCCUGCCAAGACCAGCCCUUUCUCGCCCCAAAUGCACUGCUUGCCAAAAUCCUACAAAUAGGUCAGCCUUUGGAAGUCACAGAGGUGGGCCCAGAGGUGGUAGAGCUGGUCUCUCACGCAGCUCAAGAGUUUCUGCGCACUUGGCUGGAGAAACUCUCUGUUACAGCCCAACACCGCAAAAACCUCAUUAAGAACGACUGGUUACACUCCAAAGUGAGUGACGUUCGCGCUCAGCUGAAGUUUCUGGAGGACAUGGAGACUUUGAGAAAGAGGAGGACAGAUGAAGAGGAGCGAGAGAGGCUGCUGCGGCUGGCCCAAAGCCGUGCACAUGUGGAAGACCCAGAGAUGUUGCUGCUGAAGCAAAGAGCCAAGGAGCUGCAGCAAUUGGAGCAGGCAGCGCUGCAGCACAGGGAGACCAACCUCGCAGCACUGGCUGCGAUUGGGCCCCGAAAGAAGAAGCCCCUGGAGCUGGAUGGGCAGGUUUGUGUGCUGCCCUAUCCCGGUGUUCCGAGAGUGACCCGGAUCAUCUUGAGAGACCUGUUGCAAUGUAUGGAACAGGACCGCUUCCUCAGGCACUCCCUCACUCUCUACAGAGCCAUGCAGUGAACCCCCAAACUACCCCAGUGUGGGGUAGCUAUAAGGCUUGUUACAAUCACCACAACAAACUAUCAGUACAUUCAAUUGUUUUCUUUUAUUUCAAUCUCUUUCAGUGUAUAUAAUUUGAAUUUAUAGAAUACCUUAUUGUUUGUUGUUGCUGUCACUAGAAAGUUGAAAGUAGAAAAAUAAUCAUUUAUUUUUUGUAAGUCACUUCAGAAAUGGAAAUGU